ACCAGACGUCGCUCCAUUUAGUUGCAAAUCGCUUCGCUUCUCAGAUGGUAGUAGCUCAACGCAUUUCUGACGUCUGCUAUCCACAUGGGCGGGUCUCAGUCGUCCAGCGCGCACUCCGCGGCCCAGGCCGAAGAGGCGAAGACCAGCUAUUACGAGCUGCUUGGGGUGGAGAGAACCGCCACUGAUGAAGAGGUCAAGAAGGCCUACCGCAAGAAGGCACUCGAGCUCCAUCCCGACCGCAACUAUGGCGACGUCGAACGUGCCACGGCCCUCUUCGCCGAAGUCCAGUCUGCCUACGAAGUCCUCUCCGACAAGCAAGAGCGCGCCUGGUACGAUGCGCACGAGGGAGAUAUCCUGCGGGGCGGCGAUGGUGGAGGGGAGGCACACUACGAGCACAACAUGCGCGUCACAACCGCCGACGAUAUAUCGCGCAUGCUAGGCAAAUUUCGAGGCAACGUCGAGUUCUCAGACUCGCCCAGCGGCUUCUUUGGUUUCGUGAGGGAGACUUUCGAGCAGCUUGCGCGCGAGGAGGAGCAUGCCGCCAACUACGAGGGGAUCGAUGCGCCCAACUACCCCUCCUUCGGCCACAAAGACGACAUGUACGAGGAUGUGGUCAAGACUUUCUACACCGCUUGGAACGGCUUUGCUACCAAGAAGGCGUUUGCCUGGAUGGACGUCUACCGGGUAUCCGAUGCCCCAGACCGCCGCGUGCGCCGGCUCAUGGAAAAGGAGAACAACAAAUUCCGCGAGGAAGGCAGACGGCAAUUCAACGAUGCCGUUAGGGCCCUCCUGCACUUUGUUCGGAAGCGAGACCCGCGUUAUACUCCGAGUACACAGACAGAGGAGGAGCGUGCCAAGGCGCAACGGGCAGCCACCAAGGCACAAGCCGCACGGGCAAUGGCAGCGCAUGCAGCUAAGACGCAAGAAGCAGUUCCAGCUUGGGCCGUUGCAAGGGAUCUGGAAGAGGAGGAGGAAGAGGAAGAGGAGGUUGAGGAGGAACACUACGAGUGUGUAGCUUGCCACAAGAUGUUCAAGAGUGAGCGACAGUGGGAAGCGCAUGAGAAGAGCAAGAAGCACCAGAAGGCCGUUCAGACGCUCAAGAGGAAGAUGCAGAAGGAGAAUGCUUAUCUCAACCUCGAUGGUGACAUUCCAAGCAGCGGAAUGAUGACGCCCGUGUCCGAGGACGAAGUCUUAGGAGAUGGUGAGGCGGCUAGCGGACUGGAUGGUUCUAUUGGUGAGUUUACUGAGGGCGUGGAGAAUAUGGAAGCUCGGGAGAAGGACGAAGAGGAAGUUAAAAUGGAUGCCGAAGAGCCAGAUAAUCGGGAGUCCGACGACGGAGUACCUGACCCACAACCCAAAGCCCCUACAUCCCCUGAUACAGCCUCAUCUGAUGAGGACGACGAAUACGCUUCACGUUCCGAUAUCGAGGCAAGACUAGCUGGAUUCAAAAUUAAUCCGACUACAGAUAUAGGUACAGAAACCCCUGAUAGCGAGCUGAUUCCGGAUUCCGAACCCGCUGUGCCGAAGUUGGGAAAAGCAAAGCAAAAGAAGGCGAGGAAGGCAGCUAAGCUAGCUGGGCUCGACCAACCAGAACUGAAGCACAAAUGCGUAGUUUGCAAUUCAGCAUUCCCUUCUAAGACUCAGCUCUUCCAGCAUAUUAAGGACCUGGGACACGCAGCACCCAUCUCGGUUACGAAGUCUGGUGGUGGUGCAUCAAAAAAGGCUGGGAAGAAGAAGAAAUAGAUAUCAUGUUCGCAUGCAGCGACGGCCUUGCGAGUUAGGAAUGAUGAUGUGAUAGAUCACGCAUGGGUUCACGCUGACUAGACGGCUACUCUCUGCAUAGCAUUGGCGUUUGUUGGACGAGAAUUUACGGUUGCAUAUCAAGACGUAGAGCGACGGAUCUACUUGAAUAUAUGGUUCUCAUGGCUGGCGCAUGACAAC